GCCAGCACAGUCCACAGCCCCGCGCACAGCAGCAGUAGCCCUCCGCCGCACUCCUCCACUGGCAAGCAGAAGUGGCAACACGUCCGAGCCGUGCUGGCGCUCUACACCCGCCUGCGCACCAUCAAGAGGACCAAGAGCAACCAGAGAUGGAUGAAGCUGCGGACCACCGUGCAGCUGUCCGGCGCCAUCACCUCCACCAUCCAGAAGUCCAAGCCGCCGCUCAAGCGCGAGGACUCGUUCCUCAAGCGCUUCUCCACCAGGCAGAUCGCCGAGGCCCAGGAGACCGUGGACACCGGCGACGACGGCGAGGGCGGGUCGUGCUCCAGCUCGGGCGGCGGCCGCUCCGAGAACAGCCGGCGGCGGCGGCGACGACGACGGCGGCAGCGGCUGUCCAGGACGGUGGUCAACCCGGACGAGAACUUCUACUUCUACUGGCUGAUGCUGCUCACCGUCUGCGUCCUCUACAACGUGUGGACGCUCAUCGUGCGCCAGAGCUUCCCGGAGUUACAAGACAUGGCGACGGGGCUGUGGUUCUCGGCGGACGGUUUCUCCGACAUCGUGUUUCUGCUGGACGUGGUGGUGCAGUUCCGGACGGGUUACCUGGAGCAGGGCUUGAUGGUGUACGACUCGAAGAAGCUGGCGGGCCACUACAUGCAGUCCAGGGCCUUCCUUCUGGACCUGGGCUCGCUGCUGCCUCUGGACCUGCUGCAGUUCAACGUGGGCAUCAACCCCAUCCUGCGCUUCCCCCGCUUCCUCAAGGCCUACCGCGUCUACCACUACUACUACAUGGUGGAGUCCCGCACCGUGUACCCCAACCUCUGGCGAGUCGUCAACCUCAUCCACAUCCUGCUGGUGCUGGCCCACUGGUUCGGCUGCUUCUACUUCCUGCUGAGCCAACACGAGAAAUUCCAGGGCGACUGGGUGUACCCGUACCGGCCGGGCGAGUACUCGACGCUGACCAGGAAGUACCUCGGCUCGCUGUACUGGUCCACGCUCACGCUCACCACCAUCGGGGACCUGCCCACGCCGGAGACCAACGCGGAGUACAUUUUCACCAUCAUCAGCUACCUCAUCGGCGUGUUCAUCUUCGCCACCAUUGUCGGUCAAGUGGGCAACGUGAUCACCAACAGGAACGCCAACCGACUGGAGUUCGAGAGGCUGCUGGACGGCGCCAAGACGUACAUGCGCCACCACAAGGUGCCGGGCGGCAUGAAGCGCCGCGUGCUACGCUGGUACGACUACUCCUGGUCCAGGGGGCGGAUCCAGGGAGGCGGCGACAUCAACACGGCCCUCGGACUGCUGCCAGACAAGCUCAAGACGGAGCUGGCGCUGCACGUCAACCUGAGCGUGCUCAAGAAGGUGACCAUCUUCCAGGAGUGCCAGCCCGAGUUCCUGCACGACCUGGUCCUCAAGAUGAAGGCCUACAUCUUCACGCCGGGCGACCUCAUCUGCCGCAAGGGCGAGGUGGCCCGCGAGAUGUUCAUCAUCGCCGACGGCAUCCUGGAAGUCAUCAGUGAGACGGGCCGGGUGCUGACCACUAUGAAAGCGGGUGACUUCUUCGGCGAGAUCGGCAUCUUGAACCUGGACGGCCUAAACAAGCGGACGGCGGACGUGCGCUCGGUGGGGUACUCGGAGCUGUUCUCGCUGUCGCGCGAGGACGUGCUGGCCGCCAUGAAGGACUACCCCGAGGCCCAGGAGAUCCUGCAGAGCCUGGGCAGGAAGCGGCUGAUGGAGGCGCGCAACGUGCGGACCAAGGACGCCAACCGGCACGCCGCGGCGCAGAGCAAGGAGCCGCGGUCGCCGGUGGAGGGGCAGGACGCGCGUGGCAAGCGCAUCGUCGAGCGGCUCCGCAGCGACGUCAAGCAGGGCCUCAAGAACGCCCUGCGGAAGGGCAGGCGAGGGACCAACAGGAUGGAGGACGAGAGCCUGGAGCUGCAGCCGCUCACCAAGGGCGCCAAGGGGAUGCUGCGCCGCAUGCCGCGGGUGCGCAGUGACGACUUCUCGGCAGAGGACUCGUCCGAGGAGCCCCAGGCGCCGACGGAGAAGAUCGGCGAGGGGCUGCCGCUCAUCCAGCGGCUGCUCAUGCUCAAGGCCAAGCAGGACCGGGACGCCGCCGACGUCCGCCGCCUGCUGCUGCUCAAGGCCAAGGAGGACCGCGAGCGUCUCGCUGCGGAGCGGGCGGCUGGCGGUGGAGAGCCCCAGGCUGCACCGCCCGCACCCGGAGGGCGGCGGCGGACGCGCGGCGCCAGCAUCUCCAAGACCAUCACCGACGUGGCGCCCGUCUCGGCCGCGCCACCGCCCUCGUCCGGCGACUCGGACGACGGCGCCGGGAAGAAGUCCUCGAUCCUGAAGAGGAUCGUGUCCAUCAAGAAGAAGGCGGGCGACAGCUCCAUCACGGCCAGCAUCGCGUCGGUCACGCCGUCCGCGUCGUCCAGCACCAUCAAGGGCCACGCGUCCGGGAACACCUCCUUCGGCUCGGACGACACGGGCGAGGACAAGCAGACCACCAAGCAGCCCGCCGAAGAGGCCGCCUCGCCCGCGCCGCCCGCGCCACCGCCCUCCAAGGGCAGCACGCUCAAGGAGAAGCUGAUGACCGUGCUGCACACCACGACCACCACCACGGCCCACACCGUGUCCACUGCCACGGCCAAGGCCAAGUCCAAGAACACGUGGGGGCUGCUGCGGAAAGCGACCGUGAGCAGCAGGCCGGGCAGGGGCAGGGGGUCGCACGGCAGCAGCGCAACGCACAAGACUGAGCCCGCGGCCAACACCGUCACGACCAAGGCCGAGAUCAACGCGCCGACCAACGCCGCCACCACGCUGAGCACCUCAGCACCCAGGGUGACGACCACGGUGCUGGAGGAGCUGCCAGCCGCUACCACGUCGACCGCGUCGCUGCUGGCCCGCCGCGUCACGGCCCCGUCCACGCUCAAGCCACUGGGGCUGGCUGGCCCGUGCCUCAGCAACGUGGGCGAGGAGGAGGAAGACGAGGUGGUGGCGACCUGCGCGGCGACCACCGAGGCGGUGGUCAGCGCCGCGACCGGCGGCGAGGCCGCGGCCGCCACCAGUGUCGCCAUGACCGUCCCCGCGGCCUCGGCCGCCACCACCGCAGCUCCGUCCGCCUCGCCCACCCCCCUCACCAAGAAGCCCAACCUGCUCCGGUUCCACCCGGGCUCCAAGCUGUACAAGUCCAUCGACGACCUCUCGCCGGAGUACUGCGGGCUGCCCUUCGUCAAGAGGCUCAAGAUCCUGAACGAGCGCCAGAAGCUGGCGGAGCUGGAGGCCAACGUGCGCAGCGCCAGCCUGGACUCUGGCGGGGUGGACGACGACGAGCCGCAGUGCCUGACGCGCAGCCACUCGGAGACGUGCGCCAUGGAGCACGCGCGCGCGCGCCACCGCCAGCGAGGCCCGCUCCACGGCCCCGCCAGGCCCACCGAGCUGGCGGCUGGCGGGGGGCCGCUGCCGCCGUCGGCCAUGGGGGCGUUCGGUGUCGUGUCGCCCGAGAGCAACGAGACGUACGAACGACGGCACCUCAAGAGCAUCCUCAAGAAGCUGUCGUCGGGCUCGCUGCUGGAGCCGCAGCCCGCCGCCGCGGUGGAGGGCGCCGAACCUGCGCCCGCCCCCGCGCCCGCGCCGCCGGCAGUGCCGCCGACCGACAUGCGGAAGCUGAUGCGCGCCCCCACGGUGGAGGGGUACGCGGCGCGGCACAGCAAGCUGGCCAAGAGCGUGACCUUCAACCGCGACACGCUGCAGUCGCCGCCGUCCAGCGCCACCACGCCCACGCAGCCCGCCACCGCCAACAAGACUACCACUACCUUCUUCCCCAGUCCGGACCGGACGGCCAAGAAGGUGCACUCUGCCUGUGAUUCUCCUGCUCAAAGCGAAGCCGCUCAAAGCGCCGCGCCAACCUGUGAUCCCUCCCAGCCCCCGCAUGAGGUCGGCGUCGUCCCCACGACCACUGCCACCAGUGCCGCCCCCAGUGUCACCCCCAGUGCCGCCCCCAGUGCCAGCCCUAGUGCCACCCCCAGUGCCACCCUUAGUGCCGCCCCCAGUGUCGCCACCGACCACAUCACGGUCGUGUCAGCCACCCUGGUGUCGGUGAGCAGCCCCGUGCGGACGCAGGUACUGAUUAGCAGCGUAGUGGCCCAGCAGGCCAGCGCCGCCCCCCAACCCACCCCCCUCCCCGUGCCGCCGCUCGCCGUGGCCGAGGCCCUGUCUCCGCUCGAGGCGCUGCCGCCCCUGCCUCCGUCGCGCAGCGAGAGCGAGAGUGAGGGCGAGAGCGCGUCGCGGCGGCAGACUGACUCGGCCACGCUCACCACCAUGACGACCACCCCCGCCCCCACGCUCGACAGCCACGCCCCGCGCAAGCCGGUCCCCUUCAUCGUCCAGGAGGGCAAGCCCAUCCCCGUGGGCCCCGCCCACCAGAAGAACUUCUUCCGGCCCGAGUCGUUUCUCAAGUCGUUCCGCGAGGAGGAGUACUUCUCCGACAUCCUGGUCGGCAUCAAGCACGUCAUCCAGGGCCACAUGGAGGACCUGCAGAGAGGAUUCCAGUCGCAGUGCCACAGCCUGGAGCUGGAGGUGAAGAAGAGGGAUGACAUCAUCGCCAAGCUUCAGCACCGCAUCCAAGAGCUAGAGAACCCCCACCUUCGGGACACUCCGGAUGACUAUGACAUCCCAGACGCCCCCUUCAUGCGCGGGGACUCGGUGGACACGGUGCUGUUCUCGCCGCCGCGGUCUCCACCGGGCGAGGACCAGGAGGAGGCCGAGGACGAACGUGACGAGGAGGACGACGACGACGACGAGGAGCUGGACGACCGGCUGGGCGGCAUGCGCCGACGGCGGCACGACGAUGACGACGACGACGACCACAGCAACGCCAACGUGAGCAGCGCGCGCAGGGCGCAGCGGGACGGCUGCGCCGAGCAGUACCACCACGACACGGAGACCUCCACGGACGAGGGCGAGCCGCGGACGCAGCCCAGCACCACCUACCGCAGGGCGUCGGCGGCGGCCAGGCAACUACUGUACCGGAGAUCCUGGGAAGACCAUUCGGAAGAGGAGCACAUGGAGCUGCAAGACCUGCCGCCGUCCAUGAGCCCCCUGGCCGUGUGGUCCAACGUGAACGGCGGCAAGCCGGUGCCCGGCGACUCGGUGGUGCUCAACAUCGGCACCUCGGACGCGUCCAGCAACGAGGAGGACGAGUUCGAGGAGGAAGCGGCAGACCUGUACCCCCGCGAGGACGACGAUGAGGACGACGAGCUGCAGUUCCGCGGCCACCAGGGUGACUGGGAGGUGCAGAUGCUGGCGCGCGAGCUGGAGCGGCGCGAGGAGCAGAACCGGCUGCAGGAGGAGGUGCGCGUGCUGGAGCAGGCCGUCAACGACAACACGUGCACGCUGGACGACCUGAGCAACUCACAGCUCGACCUGCUGGAGCGCAUGCUCACGUCCGGGACGGCGCUGCGACGCGCCACCGCCCCCGCGCACUACCCGUGUUUUUGUAUUGUUUUGUACGAGGCGCAGGUCUCUGAUGGGUACAGGGUCUCUGCUCGAAAAUGUUUACUCAUACCCAUAUACAUUGAAAGCUCACAGCACUCGUCAUGGGCAUUGAAAAAAAAAGGUAGCUCAGAAAACAAUAACUUUCGUCUUAAAUCAAUUAGUGAGGUCGCUGUUGUAAAUGUGAUCUUGCGCCACUCAAAAUCUCUAGUGAUGAGAAAAGAACAUCCAAAUAAAUCUUCUUUGCUUUUAACUCAAGGAAAAACUAUUUGA